UCUUACAAAACUUAACUCGAAAGCUCCCCCCCGAGCUUAACUUUUUGUUCUCCUCUCUCUCAUAUCUCUUCUGUCCCCAGUGAUUAGAUUCGAUCGAUCCGAAACUGUAACUGGUGAGAGAGAGAGGAAGAUGGGUUGUGCUCAAUCCAAGAUCGAGAACGAAGAAGCCGUUACUCGCUGCAAAGAACGCAAACAGUUCAUGAAAGACGCCGUCGUCGCUCGUAACGCUUUCGCCGCCGCGCACUCCGCUUACGCCAUGGCUCUCAAGAACACCGGAGCCGCUCUCUCCGAUUACGCCCACGGCGAGUUUCUCGUCUCCAACCACCACUCUUCUUCCUCCGCCGCCGCCGCCGCCGCCGCAGCUUCCUCCGUGCCCACCGCCGUAUCUCCUCCUCCGCCUUCCUCCACCGCCGUGAUUUCCAACUCCGUCGCUUCCUCCUCCUCCGCCGCCGAGAUCUCUCAGCCUAUGCCGGAAACUCUCCCGCCGCCUCCUCCUCCGCCGCCGCUCCCUCUCCAGCGCGCCGCCACCAUGCCGGAGAUGAACGGUAGAUCCGGUGGUCCGCCCGGGAGUGGACUCAGCGGGGCUAUAAUUGAGGAGGACGACGACGGCGACGAUGACUCGGAGGUGGAGAAUCACGACCGGUUGGUUAGGAAGUCGAAGAGCCGCGGCGGCAGCACUAGAGGCAGGCCGAUGAUUGAUGAUGAUGAUGAUGAUCGCCGCCACCACCAUCAUAACCAAGAAGCUCCUCCUCCUCCUCUUCCGCAGUCCAUGGCGGCGAAUUCGAGGCCGAUUCCACCGCCACGUCAGCAUCAGCAACAAGAGCACUUGGUGUACGACUACUUCUUCGCUAGUGAGAACAUACCUGGAACCACUCUAGAGGACACUCCUCCUCCUCCGCAGCCACAUGCCAAACCUGCUCCUCCUCAGCCAGUUUCACCAUCCUCAGAGGAAGAUGAUGAACUUGAUGAGGAGGAGGAGGAGGAGGAGGAUGAGCCGGUGGUUGAAAGGAAACCGCCGGUGGUUGAGGAAAGGCCGAAGGCGAGUGUGGAACUUGAAAAAGUUGCUAACUUUAGAGGGAUGAAGAAGCCUAUCGGCGGAGAGAGGAGAGGAGGAGGAGGGAGGUUUCCGGCGACGGCGACGAACUUGGCGAAUGUGUUCAAUGAGCUUGAUGAUAAUUUCUUGAAAGCUUCUGAAAGUGCUCAUGAGGUUUCCAAGAUGCUUGAAGCCACCAGGCUCCAUUACCACUCUAAUUUUGCAGAUAAUAGAGGACAUAUUGAUCACUCUGCUAGAGUGAUGCGUGUAAUUACAUGGAACAGGUCGUUUAGAGGACUACCAAAUACUGAUAAUGUUGGGAAAGAUGAUUUCGAUUCAGAAGAGAAUGAAACUCAUGCUACUGUUCUUGACAAGUUGCUAGCAUGGGAGAAGAAGCUCUAUGACGAAGUCAAGCAAGGUGAACUGAUGAAAAUCGAGUACCAGAAAAAAGUCGCUCACUUAAACCGGGUAAAGAAGCGAGGCGGCCAGUCAGAUUCACUAGAGAGAGCCAAAGCAGCAGUUAGCCAGCUGCACACAAGAUACAUCGUCGACAUGCAGUCCAUGGACUCCACAGUCUCAGAGAUCAACCGACUCCGCGACGAACAGCUCUACGUCAAGCUCUUUCACCUCGUCGAGGCAAUGGGGAAGAUGUGGGAGAUGAUGCAAAUGCAUCACCAGAGACAAGCCGAGAUCUCCAAGGUUUUGAAAUCACUAGACGUGUCACAAGCGGUUAAAGAAACAAACGAUCACCACCACGAACGAACCAUCCAGCUCCUGGCCGUGGUACAAGAAUGGCACACGCAGUUUUGCAGGAUGAUUGAUAACCAAAAGCUAUACAUAAAAUCGCUCGGCGGGUGGCUGAAGCUGAACCUCAUCCCUAUAGAGAGCACGCUCAAGGAGAAAGUAUCGUCGCCGCCGCGGGUUCCGAACCCCGCGAUACAGAAGCUUCUGCACGCUUGGUACGACCGUUUAGACAAGAUUCCCGACGAGAUGGCGAGGACGGCGAUCAUCAACUUCGCGGCGGUUGUGAGCACGAUCAUGCAGCAGCAAGAGGAGGAGAUGAAGCUGAGGGACAGGUGCGAGGAGACGAGGAAAGAGCUGGGGAGGAAGAUCAGACAGUUUGAGGAUUGGUACCAUAAGUACAUGCAGAAGAGAGGGCCUGAGGAUAUGAACGCGGAUGGGUCUGAAGGUGAUAACGAGCAUAAAGACGAGGUUGUCGUAAGGCAGUUCAAUGUGGAACAGAUUAAGAAGAGGUUGGAGGAAGAGGAAGAAGCUUACCAGAGACAAAGCCAACAAGUUAGAGAGAAGUCGAUUGCUAGUCUUAGAACUCGUCUUCCUGAGCUUUUUCAGGCAAUGUCUGAGGUUGCGUAUUCGUGUUCGGAUAUGUAUAGAGCGGUUGCGUAUUAUGUGACUCAGCGGCAAAGCCAAAGCGAACGGCAUCAGAGACCACCAAGCCAGAAACCACAAAGCCAGGGACAAACUUCCGUAAGAACCGAUGUAAGACAAGAGUGAUGUCUUUCUUUUUUCUUUGGUCUGAAUUUUUCAGCACACACAAAUACAGCUUAUAGCAUAUAGUUAUCUUUGCUUUUUUUAUAUAUUAUGUUUUGGGGUUUUAUAAGGUUUGUUACGUCUGUGUUAUAUAUAGACUUGAUUUUUAAUGAAUUGGUCUCGAGUACUAAGAGUCUUUGUAUUUGACUA